GUUAGUGUCAUACUGUGGAGAAACCGUACAAGCCGUUACCACGAAGUGUUUUGUGAGCAAAAUGUGGAAAAUAAUUAUAUUAUCAGCAUUUCUGAGUAUUGUGGAUGGAGUCAGCGUUAGUGAUAUUUAUGGCAAUCACACUUUAAUCAUGGCGUAUCCUAAUAAUAUCAUUCCGACAACUAUCUGCGUGACCUUGUCUCUAUCAAGGGACCGAAGGGAUCUCCAAGCUGCUUGUUCUGAUGGCAAUAAUGCUACCAACGUGGUUUUUAGGAUUCUCGAACGUCAUAGCAGACUGCAUUUUGCUGGCAAUCCAGGAGUAAUGUCGGUACCUUUAUCUGUUGUGGAGAACAGCAACGAUUUGGAGGCAUACAUGAAUGUUACUUGCAAACGUGAAGAUAAAGAAUUUGAUGAUCGUGGCGUUAUUUGGGUUGUGAAUGAAAAUUAUGAACUAACUUACAUUAUAACUAAGAGGUUUGGAACCAUUCUAUUUUUGAUGGCAAGAGAAGUGCCAACUGCUGCACAGUUAGAACUAGAUAUAGCUCAGAUUGAGACACUAAAAGGAAAAAAUGGGACUUUGUUAUGUAACAAAGAAAUUUACGAACAAUUUCGUUCUGGACACUAAUUGUUUUUGUGCUGAUUACUAAAUAUAAGACUUG